UAUUAAAUCAGCUGAACAUAAAAUGUUUUCCUCAUAGAAAAACAGUUUUUACAUACUUGUUCUCUUUUAUUUAUUAGAAAAAAAAUGCCAUUUUCUAUAAUUGGGGGCAACUUGCACAUGAAAUUGCUAUGGCUCGUUUUGAAAACAUUGGACACAGUUAGGCUGCUGGCAGCUCCUGAACGAUCUUUAAACUUGCUUUCUCACGGUGAUUCACAGGAUUUGGCGAUGAGAGAUUGCUCGAUGGACAAGCUGACAAGAGCGCCGGGCAAGAGGAAAAACGAAAUCGUGAUGCAUGUCGUGGAACAGGAUGAAUUCGACGCCUUCGGAAAUUUGGUUGCGGUCAAAUUAAGGAGAAUGGAUUCAAAUAUGCAAAAGCUCGCCAUCACCAGCAUCAACUCAAUCUUAUUCCCUAAUGAUGAAGCUCCACAAAAUUGAAAACUCUCCUCUUUUGAGAAACAUUAAAAUAAUUUAAAUUUUAA